UUAACACCCUGUAUAUUUUACUACAGUUAAAUAACAGGAAAUUUUAUUAACGUUAAUGCUUCUGUCACUCAACAAUGUUUUUCUUACAAAUCUACCCUUAAUUUAUCACUCCCUAUAUUAACAAAGAAUUUUUGUUGUUUUCUACUUAUUUUUCUUCUCUUUCUAAAAUACUGAAGUAUUCAUUUUUACAUUUAAUCUGUGUUGCAAAAACAGGACACAGACAUGGUUUUUGUAUGUUUUUUUUGUCCCAAAAUAAUUCAAAUUGUGAAGUACAUGUGGUUAGCUUUUGCCAAAGUAAUAUAGAACAAGGAAAAAAAAGAAAAUGUAUGAUAUUUCUGGAAGUGAUUCCAGUUUGUGUGAAAUGAAGAGUUGGAGCGACCAAAAUGAAGAAGAGAAAGUCACAAGCAUUUGCCAAAACGUAAAACAGUACUUUGUGUUUACCGAAGAGGAACUAAAUGUCUUCGAAGCUCAUGUAGAUGACAUUGUGAGGAAUGCAGAAAGCGGAGCUUAUAAAAAUUCCACUGUGGAUCGAACACCUCUAAGGAACAAGUACUUCUUUGGCGAGGGCUACACUUACGGAUCCCAAAUGCAAGAAAAAGGCCCCGGUAUGGAACGUCUAUAUCCGAUAGGCUCCGUCGAUCCAAUCCCCUCGUGGAUACAAGAAAUAUUAAUAAAACCUUUGAUCAAAGCAAACGUAAUACCAGAAAAUUUCGUAAACAGUAUAGCUAUAAACGAUUAUCAGCCGGGUGGAUGUAUAGUGUCUCAUAUAGAUCCCCCGCAUAUUUUUGACAGGCCGAUAGUUUCCUUAAGCUUGUUUAGCGACAGCGCUCUCUGCUUCGGCUGCAAAUUUUACUUCAAGCCUAUACGGUGUUCCAAGCCAGUAUUGAAACUUGAUUUACCCAGAGGAGUUGUAACUACGUUGAGUGAUUUCGCAGCCAAUGAAAUUACGCACUGUGUCAGACCGCAGGACGUGCAAUCGAGGAGGGCAGUCAUCGUUUUGCGCAGGGUAUUACCUUUUGCACCCAGAUUGUCCGAAUCCAACACGUCUCUCGUUAAUACUACUAUUAAUAGUUAUAGUGACCCGUUAAGAAUACUUGAUCAGUUGUCUGGACGAUUAUUUAUGAAGUUCUAUAAGACUUAUUCUAAAAAUUAUAAACACAAGACUACAUUCGGUGGCGUUUUGAAGCAUUACUGCAUUAAGAAAAAUACGCCCAAGAGUUACAGUGAUUAACUGUAUUAAAUAUAAUUGAACCAUAUUUUUUCUGAAAAUAAAUUAUUUUUUGUAUUA